AUGUCUUCUCCCUGUAAUACUGUUGAAGAAUUUAAAGCCUUUCACGAUAUUGAUCGCCGAAUAUAUGCUCGUUUAGUGAUCGACCUGCAUUUAGAACCUAACAAAUCCAAGAAAGUUGUGGCCUUUUGGAUUCGUCUUGAAAUAAGAGGCGUUAAAGACUUUGUCUUUAUGAUCCUACCUUUACCAGAUCAAAAGCUCCGUGCAUUAGUACACGAGACAAUGAUGUUCCUACUCUACUUGUCUCAAGCACCUUCUUCUGAUGUUGAUAAAGAUUUGCCGUUGAUGCUUAGUCUUGUUGAGCCAAGAUUUUCCUUUUGGGAUUUUUAUCCGGAGAGGGAAACGUUGAUAAGCGAGAUUGAGGAAAUCAAAACGUAUGUGUGUGAUUUAGUCUUUAGCGAUAUAGUUCCGACAAUGGUACAACAAUCUUCGCGGCCUCAAAGUGGAUUCAUUCAACCCCAGUUCUCAAACAGCCGUAAAGGUUUCCCUUCAUAUCAGGUUCUUGAAGCCCCUUCAGUUUCAGUGGCACCAAAUUUCGCAAACUCCGUUCAAGUUCAACCUUCGGUGCCUCAAGCUGCUACUAGUAGUACUAGUCUGUCUCCUUUAGUGCCUAGUUUUCACACUGAAGGUAGAUUUUUGUUAAUGACCUUCUCUAUGGGUCAUUAUGUUACAAGUGAAGAACUUCAAGAAUACAUUACAAGGAGAUUUGGGAACUGUAUAGAGUCCAUCUUAAUGAAACCUCAGCCAAAUAUGGCGCCGCCACUGUAUGCAAAUGUGGUCGUUCGCUCUUCUUCAGAUAUUCAGCGUAUUCUUGGAGGUGAAGAAACAGCGAUAUUCACAGUUAAUGGAAAACAAGUUUGGGCAAGAAGCUUGGAUUGA